GGGCUUGUUUAGAAGCGAAAACCUGUAGGCUUGCUUUUGCACCGUGCCUGAAUUCACUCUAGGGUGGGAGAACUCCAACUUCUAAAGCGGACGCGAACUCCUGCUUUCCUAGCUACUUCAGGAACAGAGGGCGCCAGGCCUGUGGGCGAGGAGGUGAUGCUGCGGCAGGAGGCGGGCCCUCGCCUGCCGGCGACCCAAUAAUCGCGCGCCGCUCCUCCAGUUCGGAGGCUGAUUGGUGGUUGCCAUAGCUCCGGUCGAUGGCUUGACAAGAUGGCGGCGGCGGGUCGGUUACGAUAGCUGUCGCGCGUUCCCGACCUUCUCAGCUUUUCGGGAGGCCCGAGGCAUGGGCUUAACGCCGCAGGCCGCUCUCCUCUUGGGGCUUCUCGUUCUGCAGGGCGUCCUGAGGCCGCUGUGGGGGGUCCACGUUUUCAUCCCUCCUUUCAUCCGCAUGUCCGACCCUGAAGUCAGCGCGUCCCUGGUAGGCGGCGGCGAGGAUGUGACCGUAUCCCUGUCCCGGCUACAGGACGAGGAGGGAUUAUUACCUGCUCCACAUUGUAAAGUGCUGAACAAUGAGACAGAAGACUGGAGUUUGACUGUGAUACCCAGUGUGAAUGCAUUGGAAGUGACAGUGCGGUUGAAGAGUAGUCUGCAAAGGUGUUCCUCUAAUGAGACAGAUUUCUUCUCAGAGUCCCCAUGUAUUGUCCAAACUCUUCUGGUUUCAGCAUCUCACAAUUCGUCUUGUUUAGCACACCUACUUAUUCAAGUGGAAAUUUAUGCCAACUCUUCUCUGGCCCAUAAUGCAUCAGAAAACAUGACUGUUAUUCCUAACCAGGUGUAUCAGCCCCUUGGUCCAUGUCCUUGCAAUUUAACAGCUGGGGCCUGUGAUGUUCGCUGCUGCUGUGACCAGGAAUGCUCAUCAGGUGUAAGAGAGCUCUUCAAAUCGUCCUGUUUCGCCGGUGUUUUUGGAGGAGAUGUUAAUCCUCUUUUUGAUCAGCUCUGCUGUGCUCAGAGGGCCCACGAAGUCCCGGGCUGGUCUCUGCUCCUCUGCGUGCAGUCCUUGCUUGCCAACUCACCCUUCCUGGGUCACUUCUACCACGGCUUUGCUUUCUCUAGACAGCUCACUUCCCGGGGAGCCUACUUGCCUGCUGAGCUAAAAGACUUCUCAGACUUUGGUUACAAACAAGGAGAUCCAAUUAUGAUUGUAGAUAACUCGUAUUUUACUAUUCCGCAGGUGUCCCUGGUUGGUCAGUGCCUGCAGGGGGCCCCAGUUGCCUUCCUUCAUAAUUUGGAUGUUCAAUGUAUUACUGACUUGGAAGUAUACCAGGAACAAGGUGGGAUUAUCAGUGUGAAGAUAAAGAAUGGGGCUGUGGGAGGCAUUAUUACACCGAAAGUAAUCUAUGAGGAAGCAACUGGGCUGGACAAAUUCAUCACCAGUACAGCAACACUUCUAAGUAAUGGAUCAGCCUCCAGAAACGUGCAUGUGGAAGAACAUUAUAUUUUCAGAUGGAACAAUAACACAAUCAGUGAAAUAAACCUCAAAAUUAUUAGGGCAGAAAUUAAUGCCCACCAGAAAGGAAUCCUAACACAGAGAUUUACAGUAAAAUUUGUAAGUUCUAGCAGUGGUGAUGAAAAGGAAUCAUCUGGAAAUCCAGGUUACCAACUUGGCAGGCCUGUUCGAGCUCUCAGUAUCAACAACAUGAACAAUGCUAUGACUUUACACCGGUGGCAUUCGGCUGGAAGGGGUUUGUGUACAUCAGCUACUCUCAAACCCAUUUUAUUUGGAGAAAAUGUGCUAUCAGGGUGCCUUUUAGAAGUUGGGAUUAAUGAAAACUGUACUUGGUUCAGGGAAAAUGCUGGUAAACUACUGGAUUCAUUAAUACAAAUAACUCAUGUUGCAAUGAGAGGCAAUUCCGAUUACAAUGAUCUUAGUGAUGGCUGGCUCGAAAUAAUACGUGCAGAUGCCCCUGCUGCAGGUACAGACCCAUCUGUCAGUGUGCAAGGCAUCUGCCUGGAUAUUCCUACUCAGCUGAAUAUCCGCAUCCUCACCUCGGAGGUGGGGGCAGUGGAAGGGAUUACUCAGCAGGAGAUCCUUGGUGUAGAGACAAGGGAAGCCAGUUGUGGGAACCUGUUUGCUACAUGCAGCUGGAAUCUCAGUCUCUGACUUUGGUUUUCCACCCUUCUAAUCCCCAGAGCACCAUGCAAUGUGGGGUUGUGCUCCUAGAGUAGAUUUGUAGGGCUGGGUAUUUAGCAGUCCUGGACUUCUACUCCCUCCCUGCUCUGGUUCUCUUCCUCCCACUGGUGAGCUGAGGUGGGGGAAGUGCUCGAGCCCACCAGGUUGUCGCUUUGUUACUUUACCCUUUUCUGUGAGAUGUUCUCUUUUCCCAGAUGUAGACUGGCUGGUAAAAUCUUACUUCUGGUCACUCUUUUAGGAUUAGUUAUAUUUGCUGUAUUUUUACAUUAUAUGUGGUUUUGGAAGGAGAUUUCUGCCUCACUUCUCAUGCUGCCAUUUUUUUUCCAUCUCCACCCCAAUCUGCCUGAGGUUCUUCACAAACUAUAAAGGAGUGG